AUGGGAAACAUACAGAAACCUUUUAGAAACCACAACUCCCUUGAGCCAGUCAGAGAGAGAGAGAGAUUUGUCAGCAUUAAUGAAAGAGCAGAGAUGAAGCGAGAGAGAGAAAGGUUUCAGUCUUUUAGAGCAGUGUUGUUCCCUGAUUGGGCGUAUAAGCCAGCUUGGUCUCCAGGCUCACGGCAGGUGCAGUUAUGGCAUUUCCUAUUAGAGCUUCUGGGGCAAGGUGAGAGCGGAGCUAUCACAUGGGGCAGUGAAUGGGGAGAGUUUGUGAUCAGAGACCCUGAGAGAUUGGCUAAACUCUGGGGCGAGAGGAAGGGCAAACCACACAUGAAUUACGACAAACUCAGCAGAGCUUUAAGGUAUUACUAUAAUAAGAGAAUCUUGCACAAGAUCAAAGGGAAACGUUUUACCUACAAGUUCAACUUCAGCAAACUAAUUUUAGUGAAUUACCCAAGUCUUCCAACCUGCCCACAGCUGUCGUUCUACAACUCUUCUUUUGACAGGGGUAAGUGUCUUGACUUCUGA